UGUGUAUAUAUAUACGCCUGAACCAGCUAUCCAGGACCACUUUAGGUAGAGUAAAGGUAUGCGUGCAGUAAUGGCGACCCUAUCAACAGCUGUUAUAUGUGUUUUAACCGUGUGCUGUAUACAUACCGGUAUGGUGAUUGGAUUUUCUUCUGUUGAUGAAACCAGAUCGUUAUUAGAACAAUACAAUGCUCAUGAAGGGUCCCAUUCAUCAUUCCCGAAGAUUAAAGGGCCAAAAUCUAAACACGACAAAAUAGCAAUCAUUGGAGCGGGACCAGCAGGGAUCCAUAUGGCAUAUAAACUCAAGGCAGCAGGCUACACAAAUGUGACAAUUUUUGAAAUGAAGAGCUUCAUUGGAGGGAAGUCCGUCACUCGAUAUCAUCGUCGCGUGCCCCAUGAAAUGGGUACCGUUUAUGCCCAACCCGACUAUACAGAGAUAUAUAGAUUGGUAAAAGAGUUCGAUGCUGGACGUAUCCUGCCAAUGCCAAGCCCCACCGUGUGGAUCAACAAAGAACACCCAACACCUUUAUCAAAUCUACAAAGCAAUCUUCAAAUAUUGGCGUCACUUCGUCCAGAUAUCACCAACGUAACAGUGGCUGCGGUCUACAUCCAACAGGCAAUCGGUAAAUACGUAGGACUUCACAGUCAAAUGUUUGGGUCGUACGAAGGGGAGCUGAUGCCAAGACCAUCUAGUGUUGUACUAUCACAACUCAACAUGACUUUUCUCGAAUUCCUCAAAUUUCAUGAUAUAGAAGUACUGAAAGGAUUGAUUGUCAGUGCAAUGACAGCCCAAGGGUAUGGACAUAUAGACGAAAUAUCAGCUCUGUAUGGAAUGAUGUGGGUGACACCGAGAUUCCUGACGGCAGUAGCGACACCGCCAUCACCGGAAGUUAAAAGUGUUGUAAAAAUCUUAAGCAAAGGAUUUCAAUUUUUGUGGUCGGAAAUUGCAAGGCAAUUCAAUCUCAAUGUCAAAUUAUCGAGUCCAGUAAGACAAGUUAUGAGAUUAAAACACAGUGACGGAUUCUACGUUAAAUAUUGGAAAUGUGGCAGAUUGCAUGGAGCAAUGUUCGAUUUUAUCAUAACCAGUCCAACGAUGAAAUUUAUGUCAAACGUAAUCAACUUUGAUCCUAAAGCACAAGAACUGUUCAGCAGGACAUUCAAUUAUUACUACACAACGACCUUGGCGGAUACUGAUUAUGGUGCUAAUCGUGGUUUGUCUCCUCAGGAUUAUUUUACUUUCAACAUCAACAGCAAGGAAGAGAGUUCAGUCUGGGUUCAUAGAGAUUCAUAUUCAUCUUUGAAGUACAUAACAGAUGCAAAUUACACUAGCGGUAUGUAUCCGGACGGUCCAGAUGGACUCUACACACAGUCAUCCGUGUAUUAUCAGUUUUCAAAAGAAAGGCCAUCCAGGCAAACGCUCACUCGUAAGUUGAAGGAUCAUAUUUUGAACGUAGAAAAAGCUACCAACUUGAAAAUAAAAGACAGAAUGAUUUGGAAUUACUUUCCAAGAUAUUCCGUGUCGGAUAUGGCAAUGGGAAUACUAUGGGAUAUAUUUGACAUCCAAGGAGAACACGGAAUAUGGUAUAUUGGGUCGUCGGUGAGUUUUGAAUCUGUGAAGAGUGUGGUCGAUUAUAACAAUUUACUACUACGACAGUUUGUAUGUAAUAACUAAACUUAAAAGAUCCGCUAUCAUUCAAGAUAAAAAUACCAUCCAGUCAGAGCAGUUGAUCAGUCUGGUUAAAUAAAUAUAUGACCUUAUUUAUAGCAAUUCCCAUAUUAAAUAGUACUGAUUGUAACUGAAACAGUUACAUAUGUCCCCAACAUGACACCUGCAGUGGUAAGUAAAGUUAUUGAUAUCAUAAUAGUGUUUAUAGUAUCAUACUACACAUAUUGAUCAAAUUUUAUCAAAAUCGAACAGGAUCUAAUUUGACCAAUCAGAGGCCUCUGUCCGGCUGACCGGUCGGGUGACCGAUCGAAAAACAAAAAUACUCACACCGCCGGGCAUGCAAAGUUUCUUUGAAUUCCAUCCUAUUGUUUCUGAGAAACAUGUCGGCGGAAGAAAGUGGAAGAAAUAUUUAUAAUAAUAGGAAAAAGAAACUUUAUUUUGGGGACUAAAUAAGAAAAGGAGCAAAAACAAUAUGUCUCUAAAAUUUAACAUAAUAACGGUUGCUUAAUGUUUGCGUAUUUUAAAACAGAAACAACAGGUGUCGGGAUAUAUGUCUAUCUGGCAUCUGAAUCUGCAUCAAAUGACGCAAAAACUGAAGAAAAUAUCUUGACAGGGAAGGUAAUCCAGGAAAACGUGUUCUUCUUGUUUAAAUAAUGGAAAAUAUAAGUACCCUGUUUGUUAUAGAAAUACUGCAAUUUCUGUUUUUAAUAUGCAUAUGACACGUACAUGUAAGUUCUAUAUGUUUAACUUUGUCGGAGCUGUAAUUAUAUCAUACCAAUACAACAUAAAAGCUUAUACAUUACCAGCACAUUAUUUUCAUAUUUUAAUUUCCUUCACUAUUAUCACAAACACUUAGGUUGUUUUUUAUAUAUACAUUUACGUGAAUAUAUUAAGAACCCGCUCAUACGUGGUGCUCAAGGGUAAACCAUCGAUGUAAAACGCUUUAAUUUGAGCUAACAUUUUACGUUCACAAUGCGCUGAUUAUAGGACCGCUUUGUAUUUUAUUUGAUAUUAGUUCAAAGGAUUUUUUUUUUUCGUUUUGUUAUAUAUUCUGAUUAUAUUAAUUAGAUGAUUGUUUUGUUAGCAAAAUGGAGACAUAGAGAUUCCAGAAAAAAAUGUAAAUAUUUUCUAUUUUUUAUGUUAGGAAUUUAUUAAGGUAUUAGAUUUUAUAUGACUGAUGUAAAUUAUUCUUAUAUAAAUUAUUAAACUUUUUAGAUGUUAUUAAAUGUCAGUGCCUACAAAGAAAAGAAUUCCAAUAUAUUUAUAUGUUUACAUACAACAUUAUAAUGUUUAACAUUAGGAAAGGUGAUGAUAACAUGGUGUUUUAUAUGAAUAUGCAUUAGAAUAAUAAAAUAAUAUUUUAUCAAAUUAUAGUCACAUGUCAUUUGUUUUCUUUAUGUUUUGAAGCAUGGUAUAGCUAAUAUAUUUUGAAAAUAGUGUUUUACUAGAUAAUAGUUGACUGUCUAAACCGGGCUCUGUCCAGUCCGGAUCUUUGUCUAAACCGGACGAAUAAAUUGGUUCCGAAUAU